AUGCUCGGGCUCGCCCUCUACGUCUACGAAUACCUUCUCCACGUUGGUGCUCAGAAAGCAGCCCAAACUUUCCUCUCGGAAAUAAGAUGGGAGAAGAACAUCACCCUCGGGGAGCCUCCGGGUUUCCUUCAUUCCUGGUGGUGUGUCUUCUGGGAUUUGUACUGCGCAGCACCAGAAAGAAGAGAUACCUGUGAGCACUCCAGCGAAGCCAAGGCCUUCCACGACUACGGCUUCGUGAACUCAGGUUAUGGGGUGAACGGCAUCGCUCAUGUGAGUCCCAUGCUUCCAUUCCUCUCAAAAGACACGUCGUAUCACGUGUGA